UGCAGUCUUUGAAAAACUAAUAGGAAAGGCGCGUUAAAAUCUUCGGCGGCUCAAUCUUGGAAUGGUCAUACGUUAAACGACUCCCUGUAUACAUAUCUUACUUGUGAGUAAUUAAGGCAAUGUUUAGUCCCAAAGUAACAAGUGACACAACUAUCAGUAGCUGUGAUCGUUGUCCACGGUUAAUUGCCUUUGGAAAUGUGCUGCUGGACAUAAGUGUCGAACUACGCGAUAACCAAAUUCUUCAAGAUUUUGACCUAAAAGAGGAUGAUCAGAGGGAAAUUCCGUCAGAUAAAUUAGCUCGGCUGGAGGAAGUCGCCAUAGAAACAUGUGGGAAUCCCAAAUAUAACCCUGGUGGAUCGGCGUUGAACACGUGCCGCAUUUUGCGCGCUCUUGGUGAGAAGAAUGUUCUGUUUUGCGGUGCGGUUGGUGCUGAUGAGAACGGCAAGAUACUGAUGCAGAUAUUGAAGGAUAAUUCACUUUGUACUUGUAUUCAGACACUGCCGGAAUAUUCCACGGGUACCUGUGUAUGCCUCAUCAGUGGUGAUAAGCGAAGUCUUAAUGCCAACAUCGGCGCAUCGCUAUACUUUAAAAAAGAAUUCGUAAUGUCUCGCUGGUGUCAGAGUAAGAUCGGUAGUUGCAACGCAGCUGUGCAUGAUGAGGUUGAUGAGGACGUAAGGGUUUUCUACAUCGAGGGCUACUUUGUUCCGGAAAAAUUUAACAUCUGUCAGUAUAUUUAUGAAAACUACUGUAAAGGAACGGCUAAUCUAUUCGUCACGAAUUUGAACGCCACUUAUAUACUACAAAACUUUACCAAACAAAUGAAAUACCUAGUUGAGCAGGCGGACCUAGUAUUUGGAAAUUUAACAGAAUUUGUAACAUUAGCCGAGAUUUACGAGUGCGAUAGCGUUGAUGCUUUGACCAGAUACUUGAUCAGAAAAUAUCUCAAACUAAACCGGGAAAAGAUAAUUGUCGCAACGGAUGCUAGUCGUUGCGUUCGGUUCUACCAUGGAAACGGUAGUGCGUUCUAUGCUGAAACAUAUCAGGUACCGAUAAUUCCGCAGAAGGCUGUUGUCGAUACAACUGGUGCCGGCGAUUCGUUCGUAGCUGGUUUCCUAUACAAACACUUGAACGGAGAAGCACCCACAUUGCUGGAUUGCGUGCGAUACGCCAGUAAGGUGGCAGGCAAAGUAAUUCGCCAGGUGGGCUGCAACUUACCUUCGUCGUUACCGGCAUCACCUCUAGUUUGUCCUUUGGAAAAUUCUACUUAAUUGCUUAUUUGCAGUAACAGAUAUGUGUA